UUUUUUUUUCUUUUUCUUUAUUUGUUUUUUUCUUUUACUUUAUUUUAUAUUAUUAAUUAUGGUACAUUAUAUACAUGACGAUUUAAUAUCACAAGGUUCUCUAUCAUCUUCAUCUUCGACAUAUUCAUCAGCAAGUUCAUUAGACGAUCAUUUAUCAACAACAACUACAAAUACAACUACUAAUACAAUAGCUAAUGCAUCAGGCUUUACAUUAAGCCAAGUACUUUCAAAUCCAAAAUUGCUAUGCGCCUUUGAAUGUUUUCUUCGACAAACAUGGUCUCAUGAAAAUUUAUUAUUUAUUGAAGCUAUUACACAAUUAAAACAUGAAUCAGAUCCAAAAUCAGUUGAACCAACACUCCAUAGAAUUUAUAAAACAUUUUUAGCUCAUGGAUCACCUUUAGAACUCCAUGUAACUACACAAGAUCAAGUAAGAGAUGAUAUACGGUCAUUAGAAUGGGCAAUUGUUGAUCGAGUAGAUGCUGUCACCAUCCUAGAAGAGACCGAGGCACAAGUACUUGACAUACUGAAAGUGAAGCUGGCGGAAUUUGCACGAACUAUGGAACUUCAUUCUGGAAAUGUAAGUCCUAGUAAAAUUCAAAAUCAGCAAAUUAGUGUUGUUAUUGUUGGCGGUGGUUUUACUGGCUUUACCGUUGCCUCAAUACUCGACCAAAUGCCACGUUUUUAUGUUACAUUAAUUGACACAAAAGAUUCUUUUGAAUACACUCCAGGUAUCGUUAAGAAAAUUAUUAAUCCUGAGCAAACGAGUUCUCUUCGAGUCCGUCAUGAUGCAUAUGUAAAAAAUGGAAGGGUCAUCAUUGGGUUUGCAGAAGAUCUUUCCAACGAAGGAAAAACUGUAACUGUAAAUCAAGAAGUGAUUACUUUCGAUUAUCUUGUUGUAGCUACUGGUAGCGCAUACUCUUCGCAAUUGAAAUCAACUGAUACAUCAUCCUUAUAUCGUAUGUCUGGUUUAGAAGAAUCUUACUUGGAACUCUUAAAAGCACGUUCUGUCUUAAUUAUUGGUGGUGGUUUAGUCGGUUGUGAACUAGCCUCCGAGAUCUCUCAGCAUCGAUUUCCUGGUGCACAUCCUAAAAAGGAGGUUACUCUUGUUGAUUCUCAUUCUAAUGUAGUAAAUAGAAGUGAUGUCCGUCAACAAAGUGUGGCACGUAAAUAUUUAGAAGACCUUGGGGUUAAAGUGAUCUGUAAUGAAAAAAUCUUGGACUUUGAUUCUACAAAUGCAAACAGUUAUCUUGGGUCUAGUGGACGUGUUUAUUAUGGCUUUGAUAAGGUCUUUAUUGCCACUGGUACACGUCCUAACAAUAAUUUAUUCACAAGUUCAACAGAUAGUUCCUUGGAUAAUUGUAUUGAUGCCUGGGGUCGAAUUAAGGUGAAACCCACGCUUCAACUCGAUCAUUACAAGUAUAACCAUAUCUUUGCUGGUGGUGAUGUAACAAAUGUCGUUGAAGAAAAAACAGGUUAUGCCGCCACGAUUUCUGGUGUUUGUAUUGCUCGUAAUAUUUGCCGAUUAGUCAAGGGUAAAUUACCUCUUAAGCAAGGUACAAAGGGAACAUUACCCGCACCACAUAAACCACUUCAUGGUAUGCUUGAACAUGGUGGUAUAGGCAAACAAAAUUUAAAUAAUAUCAAGAAAAAAUUCUCCUUUUUAAAUCCUUCAUGGGCAGCACUCAAAUAUUUUGAUGAACAACAGUUUUUACGUAUUGUACAAGGCCAGGGUUCUAUUAAUUCAUCGCAAGUUUUAGGUAGACUUCCAAGAAAGCUUAAUUUGCCUUCUGAUUAUAAUUCUCGUUCGUCAUCAUUAUUACAGCACUCUCGUACAAAGACUUCUUUUUCUUCUAGUGUCUUGUCCUCCCAUAAUAUCAUGACAAAUUCACAUGUCAGUGUCAACAAUCGUCGUCACCUUUCCUCGGUUAAUACUAACACGAGUCAUACACCAUCACUAAGACGACGAAGCUCAAGCCAGUCUCAGCCUCAUACUCCACAACACUAUGAAAGAUCAGGUUCUCGUUUAGAGGCAUUAAGAAAAAGUGCAACGACAAGUAGUAAUAGUAGUAGUAGUAACGUUACUUUAACAUCUAUAAAAUCAAAUAGCAGUGUUGUGAGUAGCAAUAGCAGUCAUAGUAUAAGCAGUAAAAGAAAUCGUCCUGAAAAAAAAAUCAUACCAGUUCAUUUAAAUCGUAGCCAAAGUAAGAAUAUACCUGCAUCCAUAAACAACGCUCAUGAGGAGCAACCACCACAAGAAGAAAAACUAAAAUCCCUUGAGGGUCUCUUAUUUGAACAUUUCACUUAUGGUGGAGAAGACAUUAAAUUAUUUUCGACAAAUCCUCAACAUCCAGUUGCUACAUGCAGUAGCCCAGUAAGUCCAAUUGCCCCUUCCCCUCAUCCGCAAGAAAGGAUAGCAACAGAGCAAAAAAUAAGUUAUCCCGAAAAACCAUCCUAUCAUCGUCAUGAGCCUGAAAUUAUGGCCUAUGAUACAAACUUUCAAUUAUCACCUCCUCCGCCUAAAAGAAGAGCCAGCUUAACUACACAUUUUAAAGACUUAAGUUGUUAUGACACAAAACAAGGGGUUAAACUCACAAGGUCGCCUUCAUUUUCUUCUAUUAUUCAUCAAGUUUAGAUUUUCCUUUUUUUUUUUUU